UAAUACAGAGAGACGAGAUCCCCUUCCCUUGUGCUACCACCUUGUCGUGUAGCCCAGUAGCUCUAAUCGCUACGAUUGCUACACACCUCUUCCCUUAAGAAACCCUAAUUAUCUCUCUCGCAUUCGAUAAGAAUUCGCUUCCCGAAGCUUCCAACAUUCUCUUGUUUCUCCUUGUCUCAAUUCCAAAUACGCUUCUUUUUGAUCACCAGUAUAUAUUUUGUCGUUUCUGUGUCUGGAACCCUAGUUAUUAUCAUCCAUCGCUCUCUUCAAUCGCCGUCCAUCAGAGUUUUCAAGGAAUUUGCUUUAAAGAUCAAUCCUUUCAAAACACUUUGUGACUGGUGAUCGAGGAAAAAAAAAAGAUGGUUGGUGGUGGAAACAGGAGAGAUGAGGGAUCGAUGCCGAUUCAGAACACCAACUUGUUUGCUGCUUUGGAUACUUUGAGGAAGAAGAAGAAGUCAGAUAAGGCUGGUAAGAGCAAAGCUUCCUCUAAGGGACAAGUUUCACAAAAGGAGCCUGAGCCACAGCUCUUCUGGGCACCUACGCCUCUCAAAGCAAAGGCUUGGGCCGAUAUCGAUAGCGACGAUGAAGAUGACGACUAUUACGCUACCUCUGCUCCACCUCAGUCCGUUUGGAGCACUUCUGAAGCCUCCCAUUCCGAUGCUAAAGACGUUCACGCUGAGGAAAGUGAAAGCGAAGAAGACACUCUUGAUGAAGGAGAUGAUGACGAUGUGGAGGAAGAGCAUGAGCAGGGAACAGAGACAGUUCAUCCAGAAGCAGAGCCUGAGGUGAAAAAGGCUCCUGAAGUUCUUGCACCUCCUAAGGAGGCAGAGAGGCAACUUUCCAAGAAAGAGAGGAAAAAGAAGGAACUUGCUGAGCUUGAGGCUUUGUUAGCAGAUUUAGGAGUUGCCCCCAAAGAUGAGAAUGGUCAUGAAGACUCUCAAGAUAAGGAAGAGAAGAAAGAAGUGAAUGGUGAAGGAGAGAAGAAGGAGAACACAACCGGAGAAUCAAAGGCCUCAAAGAAGAAGAAAAAGAAGGAUAAACAGAAAGAGCUAAAAGAAGUGAAGAGCAACUCAGAUGCUGCAAGUGAGUCAGCUGAGCAGGAGGAGUCUUCUUCUUCCAUUGAUGUCAAAGAACGUCUAAAGAAGAUUGCAUCAAUGAAGAAGAAGAAAUCAAGCAAAGAGGUGGAUGGUGCCUCAACAGCCGCCGCAAAGGAAGCAGCUGCGAGGAAGGCAAAGUUGGCCGCGGCGAAGAAAAAAGAAAAGAAAAACUACAAUCAGCAACCUGUGAGGUGAAGAAAUCAAUCCACCCAGCGUUGUGAUAUGAACAUAGGUUUUGUUCAUAUGAGACUUACUUGCCUUGAACAAAUCUUUUGAUGGGAAUGUGGUUGGGUCGUGUUUUAGAGUUAUGAUGACUUGGAUCUUUCAAUCAUAUCACAAUGGAACAUGACAAGAAGUUUGAAUUUUCUUUUUACAUACAUUCUUUGUUCAUCAUGGUUAUCCUUUUUUUUAUCUCCCAUAACCAUUUCUAGUGCUUGAUCUUCGCUGAAUCGACAAAAUCAUUUGAAUUGACUUUUGGUUAAUUGUAAGAACAGAGUCAUUUUGGUUAAACGAUUUUUUAA